CUGGUUUGAAUCCCAGCACAGUCAGCACAGGUGAUACAAUGUCGAACACAAGAGGUGCUUACGGUACUUUCUCUGUGGAUUACGUAGUAAUUAGAGGGGGUAAACAGAAGCUCGACUCACAUGGUCUGUUUACGAAUGACACUGUGAUGGAUAAAGACUUUAAGUACGACUUCUUAGUAGACCUGGACUCGUCGUAUAGGGGAGAGUACAGCUCUGUUCUGGACCAAGAGCUGCUUGUUCAUGAAUACACACGGUACAUAACCAAUAGACUGAAGGGCUUUGAAAGCACAUGGCAGCAGGAGGAACGGCGCGUACUGUUUGUGUCUUCCAGUUACAUACCCAGACCCUUGAUCUCGAUCACAGGAGCUAGGAAGGAGAUGAUAUCCUGUUUUUUCAAGUGUUUCAACAAGGUGUAUGUGGUGAACGGAGAGUCAUUGUGCAACCCGGUGUUUGUGGACAAGUGGAGUGCUGAACAACAGCUCCCUGACUAUCUGCUGGAUGCUGAUGCUGUUCUGGACAGUUACAUACCUGUGCCCUUGAGCAACGCAAAACGUUUAUCACUCAUGUCUGGCGAGCAGGAGGAGGACAUUCAAUUGGAUACGUAUCUCCUGUAUACAGAGGGCCAUAUCACGUAUAUCACAAUGUCUCAGUAUGUGACGCGUCUUAGGCUACAGUGGAGAUCUAAGGCUGGAGUGUUCGAGAGGAAGCGUAACUGUCAGUAUGUGGUACAGCCCUGUGGUGGAAUUGUCUUUAUCCGUGAAUUUCACUCCUUGAAGAGUGUGUUUCUCUUGAACAAACUUAUUUCCUUGUUAGCGUAUAUAUUUUGAUCCUGAUUCAGUAGGCUAUGUAGCAUAUACAUGUGGGUCUAUAUGUAUCAUUUAUUGUAAUAAACAGUGACACCUGCGUAUGAGACUUUGUAUUGCGUUUCACACUCAACACUUUGCUACUAGUCCAGCAUUCCCAUACCUGAUCCUGUGUCCACAUACAUUGGUUGGAUAUAUAGGGUAACCACUCUCUUUACACAUCCAGAGCUACAACGUUAUCAGUGUUUUGGUGACAGAGCUAGGAUGAAGCUCUCUGGAACCCAUGUACGUGGACAUGUCAGUUGUAUGUAGCUUAAUCAUACCCCUCGUAGACUUCACUUUGGGUAGGUUGAAUCAGCCAUGGGUGGAUGAUACAUAGAUGGCAGGGGAAGGGGAUGUGUUUCAUGGGGUAUAAAAGGAAGCAACUGCUCCUGCAGGAGCCAUUCAUAGGCUGCACUCUCUGUAAACACAGUCAAGACUCCACUCUGUCUAGCACUUGUAGAGAACCGGCCACUAUGGAAAUCCACAUUGUUAUCAACGUGUGUAUGCUGUUCACUGCAGCAAGUACAUUUGAGUGUUGUGCGUUGACAAGAGCGCCAGGUCUUACACCUGAGAGACCUGAACCCAUCACCAUUGUAGCAACAAUGGGAAACACUGUCAAGUUGCCGGGAUACUUGGAGAGUCCCGCUGAGCCUUUCUAUAAAGACAAUAACGUUGUGUAUGCUAGGGAACACAUAUAUGAGGUUACGGCGACCCCAGUGGGGUCCCAGGUUAUAAUUCGCUUCCUCACGUGCACCGACGAAGGCACUUACAGGAUAGGAAAUGAGACCUUCACUCUGAGUGUGAAGUCAGGCACAUGUGCUAUGUUCUACUAUACUGCCAAGGUUGACACGGUUAAGAGGGCAGCCUUUGUUAAGCCGCUGAAUGGUGUCAUUACAAUCUCUAUGCUCUACAUAGAACCUGGAAAUCGCAACAUGUGGAGUUUAAUUGAAGUGUGGAAUGACACUAUGAGCAGAAUGUUAAGCCCACACCAGUGCUGUUUCAUUAUCAAUGAAGGCACCACGUUCGGGGGAUAUGGUGAUAAGCAAUACCAUUAUUUCAUGUAUCAGAGACAUGGGCAAGCUGACAUGUCAUGCUCCAAUGUCCAACUAGCAGCCUCGGCGCGUGCCACCACCACUACAACAACCCGAAGAAACCCAAUGUUGACCAUGCCAGAUCUGAAGGAGUUGGAGGAUGUGAGGACACCGGUGAAACUGCUCAACAUCAGUGACAGUAUACGGAACCUGAAGAGGAUGAUAGACGGAUUGGAAAAGUCUUGGCCGUCUGCUGGAACUAACCUCCAAACACACAUCCUUACACCACUGUUCAUUACGAUGGCAACGCUGAUCAUGUCCAUUUAGUCAUGUGCCGAUUAUAUCUGUUGCCCGUUGCUUGUCUUGUGUAGUGCAAGCAAUAGUGUACCCUCUACUGUUGGACUUUUGUAUAUAACACUCACAUAUAGGACGCAUGUGAUGCAUUUCUUAUUAAAUCAUUUAUUGAUGAUAUAUCUGCUUUUGUGACAGUACAAUGAUACCAUAUCAAUCAUGAAUGUAUAAGGAUAUUGAAUAAAACAUGUAAAACGA